CAGCCCCACUCCAACCAGGUCACAAUGGCUGGAGUUCUGAGGGGCCCAGGCUCCCUGAACCAGGAGGAGAGGAAGAAGUCCAAGGAAAGAUGGCUCCCUACUUUAACCUGUCCGACUUCACACAGCCAUCGCUGCCCUCCACUCCACCCAACCUCCCCUCGCACCAGCGCUGCCAGCCCUCUGACGCCACCAAGGGCUUGCUGCUGGCCCUGCUGUGUGUGGGCCCGCCUGCUAGCUUCGUAGGCCUCUUCACUCGUAUGGCUUACCAGGCUUCCCACCUGCCCUCGCUGGAGCUGCUCGCCUGUCAAUGCCUCUUUCAUCUCCCUAUGGCCCUGCUACUUAAACUGCGUGGUGACCCACUUCUGGGACCUCCUGAUGGCCGAGGCCGGGCCAGCUUCCAUGCGCUGCUCAGUGUCGUCAGCACUGGAUGUGCCUACAGUGCGGUUCAGUUCGUUCCUGCUGGCACCGCUGCCACUAUUAGCAAAGGUUCUUCCACCGUCUGCUCCACUAUCCUCGCUCUCUGCCUUGAGAGCCAGGGUCUCAGUGGCUGCGACUGGUGUGGACUGGUGGGCAGCACCCUAAGAGUAAUCAUCAUUGUGGGACCUGGACUAGGGACACUGCUGAAGGGGACCAUGGGCCUCUACACCACCCUGGGCUAUGUGCUGGCUUUCCUGGGAGGCCCGGCACUGUCCCUGGGGCUUCUGGUCUACUGUUCUCUGAAAUUCCCCUCCUGCCUCCCAACAGUGGCCUUCCUGUUUGGCUUGGUGGGGCUGCUGGGCUCUGUGCCAAGCCUCUUUGUGCUACAGACCCCUGUGCUGCCCAGUGAUCCCCUGAGUUGGAUUUGGGUGGGGGCAGCGGGGUUGCUUGCCUUAAUCUCCUUGUGCAUGAACUACGCGGUCACCAAGGCCCACUCUGCCCUGUUGUGCGCUGUCCUAAACUGUGAGGUGGUGGUGGCCCUUAUGCUGCAGUAUUAUGUGCUCCAUGAGAACAUGGCACCUUCUGACAUCAUCGGGGCAGGGGUUGUGCUGGGCAGCACUGUCAUCAUCACAGCCAGCAACCUGAUUGAGAGGGAAGGGAAGGUGGAGCAGUGAGACAGAACUCGGGAGUCUUGGGGUUGGGAGGGACGGGGGUAAACACGGGCAAAGACUGAAGACAAACAUGGGAGGACAAGUGAUUAGAAAAGAACUGCUGUGGGAGAGGAAUAACUGUCAAGAGUCAAGGGUGACCUGGGGACUUG